AGCUAACCCCCCCAACAUUACCUGUCCCACCCCUCACUUCUAAAUAACUGAUGUCAGUACAGUAAUGCUGAGAUAAUUAUUUCCAAGGCCCUAUAAGAGUAUAGUAUCUUUUCGAGCUUUCUCACUCAUUCUCGUUUUCCUAGUUUCUUUGGUGUUUAAACUCCCCAUCAAUCCCGAUGAAGCUGUUCUUUUCAUUUUCACAACCGCAAUCGCACUCCUCUCAAUCGCAUUCAGUGAUACCAUACUCGCCCGCAUCGGUCCAUUGACAGACAUCCUCCUAAAUAGAAACAACAGCAACCAAACCGCUACCACGUCUUCCUCAAACUCCCAAACUACAGUCACUACCUCCAUUGAGGGCCUCCCAGUCAUUCCUCCUACCGAGAUCUACGGCGCGCCAAAAGCAGAAGCCAUGUCUGCCCCCCGCGCAAUCCGCAAAGCCUUCCUGGCUAUCCAGCAAUCUGAGGGUGUAGGCGCCAAAGUGCGCCGCUCGAUCGGCACCCCUCAACUCCGCAACUUCAGCCCCUUCCUCAUGCUGGAUCACUUUACCAGCUCCCCCGGCUCCGGCUUCCCUGAUCAUCCUCACCGCGGACAGGAAACAAUCACCUACCUCCUCUCCGGCGCCGUCGACCACGAAGACUUCGCCGGCAACAAAGGCACCAUCGAAGCCGGGGACCUGCAAUUCAUGACCGCCGGCCGCGGCAUCAUGCAUGCCGAGAUGCCGCGCGAGCUCUCUGAUGGCGCCCCGGUGGUCGGGAUGCAGCUCUGGGUCGACCUCCCCGAGAAACUCAAGAUGUGCGAGCCGCGAUACCGGGAUCUGAAAGCUAGCGAGAUUCCGCACGUUAAAACGGAUGAUGGGAAGGUAAAUAUUAAGGUCAUCUCGGGACAGAGCCAUGGCGUCGAUUCGGUGAAGGAAUUGGCUUAUACGCCGGUUUGGAUUUUUGAUAUUGAGGUCCAGCCUGGUGGAAAGAUUACGCAGCCGAUCCCGGCUGGGUGGAACGCUUUCGCCUACACUUUGUCCGGCACGACCAGUUUCGGAAGCGGCGAGGAGAAGAUGGAGGUCGGGCAGUUCCAUAACGUCGUCUUUGAGCAGGCUGGCGAUACCGUCACAGCAGCUGUAUCAGCCGAUGCCACGGAGCCCUGUCACUUCUACCUCGUUGCCGGCCUCCCGCUCGAUCAGAAGGUCGUGCAAUACGGACCGUUCGUCUUGAACAGCCAGGAUCAGGUCUAUGAGGCGCUUAGGGAUUACCAGAACCACCAGAACGGAUUUGAGCGUGCUAAGGGAUGGCAGAGCGAGAUUGGGAAGAGGAUGAUGCAAUAGGCAAUCCUAUGGAUGGAUGGGUUUAUGUUGUUAGAGAUUGGCAUGGAUGGAGUUAAAACUGGGAAUUUGUAUUGUAGACACAGCUUCAGAC